AGAAGGCGUCCCCUCACCUGGACUUAUGACCCGCGGCUUCGCUCCCAGUCUACCCACUGAGUUCCACAAGAUGGGCUCCUUCCGCAGGCCCAGGCCGCGCUUCAUGAGCUCCCCGGUGCUCAGCGAUCUGCCCCGAUUCCAAGCAGCCCGGCAGGCUCUGCAGCUGAGCUCCAACUCGGCCUGGAACAGUGUCCAGACUGCCGUGAUCAAUGUCUUCAAAGGGGGCGGCUUGCAAAGCAAUGAGCUCUAUGCAUUGAAUGAAAACAUCAGGAGGCUGCUGAAGAGUGAGCUUGGAUCCUUCAUUACAGACUAUUUCCAGAACCAGCUUCUUGCAAAAGGCCUGUUGUUUGUGGAGGAGAAGAUUAAGCUGUGUGAAGGUGAAAAUCGCAUUGAGGUUCUGGCUGAAGUGUGGGACCACUUCUUCACUGAGACUCUCCCCACCCUGCAGGCAAUAUUUUAUCCAGUUCAGGGCCAGGAGCUGACCAUCCGCCAGAUCUCCCUGCUGGGCUUCCGCGACCUGGUCCUACUGAAGGUGAAGCUGGGUGAUUUGCUGCUGCUGGCCCAGUCCCAGCCACCCUCAUCCAUUGUCCAGAUGUUGCUCAUCCUGCAGAGUGUUCACGAGCCCACAGGCCCCAGUGAGGGUUAUUUGCAGCUGGAGGAACUGGUGAAGCAAGUGGUGUCUCCUUUCCUGGGCAUCAGUGAGGACCGCGGCGUCUCGGGUCCCACGUCCAUGUCAGCCAGACGCCACUCCAGGGUCCGGCCCAAGGUCGCGGUCCUGAGCUACGCCUGCCCGACCCCCGCCCUCAGCCGGCCCCUGAAUGAGACGGCUCUGACCCCCCUGGCGGAGCAGGAGGGGGAGGCCUACCUGGAGAAGUGCGGCGGCGUCCGGCGGCACACGGUGGCCAACGCCCACUCGGACAUCCAGCUGCUGGCGAUGGCCACCAUGAUGCACUCGGGCCUGGGUGAGGAGCCUGGCGGGGAGGACAAGGGCCUGCUCCUGCCGCCCAGCUUCUCGCCACCGCACCGGCAGUGCUCCAGCGAGCCCAACAUCACCGACAGCCCCGAUGCCCUGCAGCAGGGGGCCGCGGGCAGCCAGGGGGACUCCGAGCUGAACUGUGCUUCCCUCGGCUGAAGGCCCACCCCCAGGACCUCCCAGCCCCGGCCUGACCACCGGCGUGAGCAGGCUCCAUGCGCCGGGGCAGGGGCGGGCGGGGCGGAGCUCCCCAAGGGGCUCCUCCUGGAGGCCUAGUCCAAGUGUCCUGGUUGUGAACCUCUCCGUUUUCGUGACUGUGACCCCCCUCUUGGCAGCCACACAGACCCGACUGCCUGAUGCUCACUUUCUGCUUGCCUGACUCCGGAUCCUUCUCUGCGGGCCCUGCCCCCAGAUUAGUGCUGUCGACGCUCCCGACCAUAUCGCCCAGGGCCGCUGGCUUGAGGAUAGCGGGAGGUCGGCUGAGCCACACACAAAGCCCACAGGGAUGCAUUGGCCUCUGGAGAUCCCCUGUAGGUUCUUGUGAUGCGGGGCUGCCAGGAGAAGAGAGGUGGUAGAGCGGUACCUCUCCUCCCCUGUUCUGGGUGGAGCGAAAGCAGGCAGCGGCCCCUGCCAAGCACGACGCUGGGAGCGUGCCUUCCUGUUUUACUUUCAGAAUUCCUGGAAAAGAGUUGUCCCUCUGGUGGGUGAGGGUCAUUCUGCUCGGUAUCCAGAUCCUACAUGCCGCCUUUGACUUUUGGCCCCGGGGGGGCCACCCGGCUGGAGAAACGUCCUCUUUGAUGAAGCCUCGGCACUCUCCUCUCUGGCCUCCUUCCAAG